UCAUUAUAAAUAAAAUACAUUCAGUAAACGUGACGUUUGAUGUAUAACGAAUAUUCUUUUAUAUUGUUAAAACAAUAAUAUAUAAAUAAAUUAAUUGAAAAUGAUAUUUCUUUUUAUCGUUAAGAAUUUUUGACUAAUUUAUUUAAUAACGAUAUUAUUGAUGUUUGACAUUAAUGAUAAUUCCAGUUGAUAAUGCCAUGACGGUCUCAAAUCCCCUUAUUAAAGAAUUGAAAGGUUGGACAAAGAAAUUAGCUGAAAGUGACAUUGAGAUUGAUGAAGAAAACAAAGAUCUACCUUUUUUUUAUAAAAGUUUAGAAAAAUGUUUUCAAAAAGGAAUAUUGAUGCGUUUAAAUCCAAUAGGUUUUCCAAAGUUACCUGAUGCUUGGUAUUGGUUGGAAGAAAUUGCAGAAAAACAUUUUAGUUCUUGUUGCACUUAUUCUUUGGUUGUUGAGCAAGUGAAAAAAAAUCCAAAAGUUUAUACACCUACUGGACGUCUUAGACUUUUAAUUAAAACAUGUUUGAUACGAAAGUGCCUUCAUAUGCCAGUUGAAAUGUUGGUCAGAACACCAUUAAUGUCUACUGACUAUUAUGAUAGAAAUAGUAUUCUGGGAGAUAAUAUUCUUGGAGAAAUAUUUUUAUCAGUAUUACUGCAAAGCAGUAAAUUAAAUUUUAAAUUGAAUUUACGAAAUUGUAGCUUUUUAGAUGAAUCUUGGCAAUUACCAGAAUGUGUGGCUUUGGAAUUAGUACCAUGUAAAAGUUUAGGUAUUUCUGUGUGUUUUACAAAAGGAAAAGCUUUAAUAGUUAACUUGGAUAAAAAUUCUGUGGCUGCAGAAGAUGAUAAAGUUGAAAUUGGAGAUAUUUUAGAUGAAAUAAAUGGAAAUGCUAUAACAUCUAAUACUAGAGGACAAUUACGUAAAUUUAUGAAAAAAACUAUAGGUCAACCAGUUUGCCUAUAUGUAAUUAAACAUCGUAAUAAAAAAACUUAUGAAUUAUAUGCACCAAUUGUUCAUCUUAUAAAAAGUUCAGGUAUUGAAGGUUUAAAAAAAAUUUUAAAAAGAUUUAAUUCUGAAAUACAAGAUGAGAAUGAAAAAACUGAAAUAACUAAAUCAGAAAAUAAAUCAUUGAAUGCUGGUUUCUCUGUUAAAUAUUGUGGUUCUAUAUACAUUGGUGCAAAAGGAGAUGUUAAACAAAUAGAAAGAGCAAUUUUGCAAGUGUUAAAGUCAGAAGAAAUAAAAUCAGUGCCUGUGAAAUUUGAAUGUCUAGAAUUAGGAAUUAGAGUGACUCAAGAUUCAAAUGAUAUGGUAAUAUGUAAACAAAGUUACAUGGAAAUUUCAUCUUGUGGACGUACAGGAAACAUUCCUAAUUAUUUUGCAUUUAUUUCAGGAGAUACUAAUUGCAAUCUAGCAACUAAAUUUGAUGCAUAUGUAUUUUAUCAUCAAAAUGAAAAUGAAGUGCAAACUAUAUUACAAAGUUUGGGUCAAGGAUUUCAACGUACUCAUUUUGCAGUUUAAAAAAAUUUUAAAAAUUUACAUGAAAUUAUUCUUUAAUGACAUAAUCAAACUUUAUGUAAUUAAAUGUUUCUAGCACAUUUUCAUUUACAUAUCUAGUCAACUAUUAAUGAAUUGUAUUUUUUAUUUAUUCUAGUCCUUAAGAAAUUUCCUUCCCUAAAAAAUGUUCAUUAGAA